AUGAUUACGGACUCAAACUCAAAAACAAAGAACAAAAAUUGGAAGCCCCAGAAACGCCAGCGACAAGAUAGCAUUGUGGGCAACGAGGCUGACAGGGAUGCUUCAGAAGGCAGAGAUAGUGAAAGUGACAGUGACAGCGAUGACAGUGAUGAUUCUUUUGAAUUUGAUACAGGGAGGGGAUCAUCUUCAACAGCCACCACCACAACAUCCACAACAAUAACUUUGGGAAAUAAUGGCAAUAAUAAUAAUAAUGGUGGUGCUGAUUGGAGGAAAAGAAGCUCAUCAUUUGUGUAUGACCAGCAAUUACGACCGGGGAGUGAUAGUGUAAUAUCACAACAAAGACAAUCACAAAUCCAACCAGGAAUCAUAGGGUUAGUAUCAGGUGAUGUAUCGAUAAAUGGUAAAAAUUCCUUUACCAAUUUCAACUUCAAUUUUGAUAAAAUGCCUUCUAAAAUCACAUCAAGGUUCCAAGUCAGUCCUCAUUUCAACUCCAUCAACUAUGAUUUCGGAUUGUUAUUGGCACUUGGAAAAUUUAUCCAAUGGAGAUUGAAAUUCGCUCAGACCUCAUCAUUCUGGGAAUUUAUUCUCGAACAAACUUGUAUUAUUAUUGAUUUGAAUAAGCGGAAUCAAAAUCCUCAACAAAAAAAUAUGGCGAAAUGUGACAAUAGUCACCCAAAAUUCACGAUCAGAGAUUUAAUUAUCCGAUAUUUCCAGCUUCGAAAUGAGUAUGGAUUGAAUGGUAAUUUAAAUUUGAAUUUCUUGAGCCAUAUGGUGGCAGAUCCCCCAAAGCAUUGCACUUCAAACACUCUACCAGCGUCACCUAAAUCUACAGGUCCAAACGGCAACUAUGUGGCUUUCAAAAACCAAGUGAGAUCACAGUUGCUAAGACUUGAGUCAAAAUUAUCUCAAAAUGAUUAUAAACUUAAUUCUAAUCAGCUGAAAGUAUCUUUUCUCAUUGAUUCGUUCGAAUGCAUUUCCAAUCAUGAUGUCUCUCCGUCACGAAAGCUUCAAAAGCUCCCUCAUGAUGAUCUUAAAACCCUAGAAGAUGUUCAAGUAUAUAUUUCACAAACUGCAAGCAACAUAGAAAGGUUCGUCAUGCUACAUAAUGGUGAUAGGCAAAGUGGAUUGGAAGAUUUGAGAGAGUUCAUCAAGGUUUCUAAACAAUUUGCUACGAUAAUAUCGUUUAAAUCUAAAAAUCCUUUUCAAAGUAGUUCGAUUUCUAAUAUCCCAAACAGUAUUGGUAUUUCAAACAAUAAUGGUCGGCCUAUCGAAACUAAUGUUAGCAUAAAGGUACCUAAAUCCCUUGCCAAUCGCAACAACUCAAUGAUAUCACCACAUACUCUACCUAGCAGUGCUGAUCAAAUCAAUGACACUACGGCUAUACAAACUUCGGACUUGGAGGGGAUGCCUAAUCCUAAUUUUAAUUCUGCAGAUCGAAAGGGAAAAGUGGUUGUGGUCAAUGAAGAGCCCAAAAUGGGUGGUAUAAGUGAUAUUAUCAGAAAUCCUAUACCAAUCAACGGAACAGAAAAUAUCACUGAAGGGUUAUCUAGAGAUGUGGAAGCGUUGAACUGGGAUAAGAUGAUCAAUAAUAUGGAGAUUGAAAGAAUGAAGUUUAAUGAUGAGGGUGAGCACAUAAAGGAAAACAUUAGAAAUGGUAUGACUUCUGUGUCUGAUUAUGGAAGCGGCAAAGUACUUGGUGAUCAAACACCACAGAUCCAGAGGCAACUCCAAACACGAGCUGUACCACUGGUACCAUCUUCUGCUAAUUCAAUGCAACCGCUUACAAACUCAAAGUUUAACUCUGCCCCUACUAUAUUAUCUCAUAAACCACAGCCUUUUGCACAUCCACAGCAUAGUCAACAUCUCCAACUGCCGCCUCAAUUUUCACCGCUUCCUACCCAACCACAUCCAAAUUUAAUCCUGGUUCCGGUACAACAAGGAAUUAGCAAUGAUAUGCCUUCACAUAUGACUAUAUUACAUAAUUCGAUUAAUGUGCCAAUGGGAAUGACUCCUGUAAUUGGGCGAGCGGGGGUUUCGGAGCCUGUAAUGACGAACGUUAACAUGAUGAUGGGUAGAAAUGGGAUGAAGAAUAUUGAUACCAGCUCAAACGGUUCUAUCAAUAGCAGCCCAUGUCGUAACGUUGUGCCGAUUGUUCCCUCACCUAUUAAUUCGCAACAUCCAACGAUCAGAUUUCCUCAGCAACACCAACAACAAUUCAAUCAGCACAGUGCCGGAAUGUCACUAGCAAGCAGCAGUAGUGGAUCUGGUGUUGACAGUGGAUCACAUGUGUCACCGCAAACUCCGGAUUUUCAGAGUAGUAGAAAUGCGGCAAACACUAUACCGUUUGAACCAUCGGGAAAUUUUCAACAACAAAAUUUCCGAUUUACAAACAUGGGAGGCCAAUUACAAGGGAUGACGGCACAACAACUUCAGAUGAUGGGGAUUGGAUUCAGUAUGAAUAACGGAGAUGUGAACAACCCAAGGGGACAUUUUAAAUGA